UCUCGUUAUCCGGUAUUCCGUUUGACCGUUGUGAUACACCUCUAAAAAAUUGCCUGAAACGAAAGGUAGCAGGACAUCUCAGGGUAAAAUGUCAAGCGUAGAGCUUUGUGAGAGUUUGAUGAUAUGGUUACAGACGUUUGAAAUAAGGUGUAAACAUGAAACGGUGAACGAGCUCACUGAUGGCGUAGCGAUAUGUGAAGUACUCUGUCAGAUUGCCCCCUCCUUUUUUGAUGCAAAUUGGUUUGGUCGAAUAAAGCAAGGUGUUGGAGACAACUGGCGAUUAAAAGUCAGUAAUCUGAAGAAAGUGUUGAAAGGAAUUCUAGACUACCAGAAUGAUAUCCUAGGGCAACAAAUAUAUGACUAUCGUAUGCCUGAUGUGAAUGCUAUUGGUGAACGUGAAGAUCCAGAAGAGUUGGGUAGACUUCUACAGCUGACAUUGGGAUGUGCCGUCAAUUGUGACCAUAAGGAAAAGUACAUUAACAUCAUUAUGGGGAUGGAAGAAGCAGUACAGGUUGUGGUGAUGAAUGCAAUACAGGAAUUGAUGACAAAAGAGAAACCUAUGUCCCAGGCUGCUGAAGACUUUGCCGAAAUUGAACAGCAAUUAAAAAGAGCUCUGGAGGAUGUGCAAAGGAUACAAGGUGAAAAAGAAGAAAUUGUACAAAGAUGUCAUGAACUUGAUACACAGGUUGCAUCGCUGGCUGAAGAAAAACAGAAAUUACAUGCCGAAAAUGAACGAUUAUCUGAAAAAAUAGAACAAGGAGAAGGAUUGGAUGACCCCACUACCCCUGUUGGCAGGAGGUAUCAGCAGUUACAGAAUCAGGUUGAGCAACUACAGGAGGAAAAUUACCGCUUGGAGGCCCAGAGGGAAGAUUUCAGGAUAAAAGCCGAAGUCCAGGAGAAGGAGAUCAUAGAACUUGCACAGAAGAAUGAAGAACUAGCGACGCUUGCAGACGAAGCAAGGACAUUGAAUGAUGAACUAGACAUACUCCGGCAUACCUCGGACAAAGUCAGCAAAUAUGAAGCAACGAUAGAGUCUUAUAAGAAAAAAUUAGAAGAAUUGAGUGAUUUAAAAAGACAACUUAAGCUAUUAGAAGAAAAGAACACUGUUUAUAUGCAAACCAAUAUUGAUCUUGAAGAUGAAUUAAAAAAGUCGGGUUCAUACAGGUCACAAGUCGACAUGUACAAAAGACAGCUACAUGAGUUACAUGUACAGUUAACAGAAGAAACGCAGCGAGCGGACAAAGCUGAAUUUGAACAAAAGAGAUUACAAGAAAAAACAGAAGUAUUAAGCAGGGAAAAAGUACGACUCAUGUCUGAAAGGGACGCCCUUCAAGAGUGCAACGAUGAACUAACAGUAUCACACUUAGAAAGGUCACCACCCAGGUCACCGGACACAUUACACACCAGUACAUCCCCAAUUUUAGGAGACAUGGUCACACCGGAUAUCAAAGAAAAGUUACUUCGAUUACAACAUGAGAAUAAAAUAUUGAAAUUAGAACGUGGUGAGAGUUCUGAUGGUGAGACCCAGUUACUACGUAGUCUUUUGGAAGAUGCUAAUGUCAGGAAAUCAGAAUUAGAAUUGCACAACAGAUCGGCGAAUCAACGAAUUAUGCAGCUAGAGGCAGAAUUAGAAGAAUUAAAACUUCAUCCACCAAGCAAUAAAGUAGUUGUAUCAAGUAGUGAAACAACAGAACUCAAGAGGAAAUUACAAGAUUAUAUGGAAAAAGUUCGAGAAAUGGAUGUUGACAUAAUGAAGAAAAAUGCAUAUAUUGAUGAUUUGGAACCUAAGGUUGCUAAUAGUGAUGAUGAAAUCCAGGCCCUUCAAGAAAUGCUGAAUAGAAAAGAUGAGGAUAUGAGGGCGAUGGAAGAUCGGUAUAAAAAGUAUUUAGACAAAGCAAAAAGCGUCAUAAGGACACUUGAUCCAAAACAGAAUCCUGGUGCAGCCCCUGAAGUGCAAGCAUUAAAGAAUCAACUUACAGAAAAACAGAAACUUAUAGAGCAUUUAGAGAAUGACCGUGAGAAGACCAAGUCUGUUAAAGAAGUGGAAGAGAAACUCAUAGUCAGUGCAUGGUAUAAUUUGGGUAUGCAAUUACACAGGAAAGCUGCAGAAGAGAGGUUAGCUAACAGCGCAACGGGUCAGUCUUUCUUAGCCAGGCAACGACAAGCCAGUACGAGACGAUCCCAAACCAUCACAACUGGGAGUCCAAACAAUGGGGCAAGGUGAUUAUGACAAUGCUAUCCCGUUGCUGCAUGGCGAGCCUAGACACAAAAUGUAGUGGUGAUGGUAGGAUCAUUGCAUGGCUGUAGAGCGGCUUCUAAAUUAGAUACACAUCCGUACAUAACAUUUGCAGCUUCUUAUAAAGUGAUUUUUUCAUCAUCUCAAACCUUUUAUUUUUGAAAACAAUAUGGAAUAAUUUGCAUAAGCAUUCCAUAAUGCAAGUAUCACAUGAUUGCUUUGCUCCAAUCAUUACUUG